UGGAGUAAAUCGAUAUGGGCAUUUAGAAAACUCCUCACGAGUUACAUGAUCCUCUGGUGGCUCCUCUCUCUCUCUCUCUCCAAGAUAUUCUUUUUACUACUACCCUGUACUUCUUUUGCUCUGUUUCACUCGCCGACUGAUGAUGAGCUUCGAAGGCGUUUCUUGAUUCUCCUAGGGUCUUCUAUUCCCGGGUAAUGCUGUGGUAACUUUGUGAGAGAGAGAGAGAGCGGGAGGGAGAAUGGGAAGGACGCCAUGCUGUGACAAGAAGGAUUUGAAGAAAGGGCCAUGGACGCCCGAGGAAGAUGAGAUUCUUGUUGAGUAUAUCAGACAGAAUGGCCAUGGAAGCUGGCGUUCUCUCCCCAAGCUUGCAGGUCUUCUUCGUUGCGGCAAGAGUUGCCGGCUAAGGUGGACGAACUAUCUCAGGCCAGACAUAAAACGUGGCCCUUUUACUCCCGAGGAGGAGAAGCUGGUCAUUCAGCUCCAUGGAAUACUCGGUAACAGGUGGGCUGCUAUUGCUGCUCAACUUCCUGGAAGAACGGACAAUGAGAUCAAGAACCUGUGGAACACCCAUCUAAAGAAGCGUCUUCUUUGCAUGGGCCUCGACCCCCAGACUCAUGAACCCUUCCUGACCCGAGGCCCUAUGACAAACUCAACCGCAUCUACAGUCACUCGUCACAUGGCACAGUGGGACAGUGCUCGGCUCGAAGCUGAAGCUCGGCUUUCUAGGGAAUCUAACCUGUUUAAUCCACUUCCUCUUCAAAAAGCUGACGCCGACCAUUUCCUCCGGCUAUGGAACUCAGAAGUUGGAGAAUCAUUCAGAAAGAUAAACAUGGAAAUGGGAAGAAGCCCUGUUUCUCCGGCAUCUUCAUGUGCGAAGUGUGAAUCCAAUUCAGCCAUCAGUGCUGAAAUGGGUCCCUCCUUGGGUGGUUCUGCUGCUGUCACAAAUGAUGGAGACGAAGAUAAGGAAUGCGAGACGUACAAAUCCUACUUCCAACAAAUGGCUGCAGGGACAGAGUCCUCUGGCUCUAGUGCUUUAGAAGAUUCAUCAGACACCGCGUUGCAGCUGCUGCUGGAUUUUCCUAUCAACAAUGACAUUAGCUUCUUAGGAGGAGAUAUCGAUCAAUAUGCUUCAUCUUCUGGUUUAGUUUAGAAAGUUCUGAAAUAUUUGCAGUUAGGAAAACCCGGCUAAGCCUUUGCCUUUUAUAAGGCCUCUCCUGCUAGAGUUUUGAGCUUUUUCCAUUGGCAAGAGGGGAUGUGAACAUAACAUUUGGCUCUAUCGUAAUGUCUGACUUGCUUAGUCUCUUUGGUUCUGCUGUAUCUAGAAAUUUUCUUGUUCUGGACCCUAUUAAUGCAUUACACAAAUGGGUCUCAUGUUCCUGGCAAC